UUAGGCAGAGCUGCGAGCACUCAGGCAGGGGCUACUCAGCUGCACAUGCCACACUCAGUUCAGGACCUGGAGUAAAAAGGAUUUCCAACCCGCCCAAUGGCAGAAGAUAAGCUCACCGGAACCUUGCUUUUCACUGUCUUCACUGCUGUGCUGAGUUCCUUCCAGUUUGGAUAUGACAUUGGUGUGAUCAAUGCACCCGAAGAGACGAUAAAAUCCCAUUACAGACAUGUUUUGGGUGUUCCACUGGAUGACCGAAAGGCUAUCAACAGCUAUACUAUCAACGAUACAGAGGCACUGCCCACCACGCCUGUGUACUCAACAUCACCCCUUGGGUCUGAACAAGACACUAUGACACCUGAUGGCCUCAUCACCAUGUUCUGGUCCCUGUCUGUGUCCAGCUUUGCAGUUGGUGGAAUGAUUGCAUCAUUCUUUGGUGGGUGGCUUGGAGACAAGCUUGGAAGAAUCAAAUCCCUGUUGGUAGCAAACAUCUUCUCAUUAGUUGGAGCACUCUUGAUGGGGUGUUCAAAAUUGGGACCAUCUCAUAUACUUAUAAUUGCAGGAAGAGGCAUAUCAGGACUCUACUGUGGGCUCAUUUCAGGCCUGGUUCCCAUGUAUAUUGGGGAAAUUGCUCCAACUACACUCAGGGGCGCUCUUGGAGCUCUUCACCAGCUGGCUCUUGUCACGGGCAUUCUCAUUAGUCAGAUUGUGGGACUUGACUCCAUCCUGGGCAAUAACCAUCACUGGCAUAUCCUGCUUGGCCUGUCUGCUGUGCCAGCCCUCCUCCAGAUUCUGCUACUAUUUUUCUGUCCAGAAAGCCCAAGAUACCUUUACAUCACAUUGGAGGAGGAAGUCAAAGCAAAGAAAAGCUUGAAAAGAUUAAGAGGAAGUGAUGAUGUCACCAAAGACAUUAAUGAGAUGAGAAAAGAAAAAGAAGAAGCAUCAAGUGAGCAGAAAGUCUCUAUCAUUCAGCUCUUUACCAACUCCAGCUGCCGACAGCCUAUUAUAGUGGCACUGAUGCUGCACAUGGCUCAGCAAUUUUCUGGAAUCAAUGGAAUCUUUUACUACUCAACCAGCAUUUUUCAGAAAGCUGGAAUCAGGAAACCUGUUUAUGCAACCAUUGGAGUAGGUGCUAUCAACACAGUUUUCACUGCUCUCUCUGUAUUCCUUGUGGAGAAGGCUGGGCGACGUUCUCUGUUUCUGAUUGGAAUGGGUGGGAUGUUUUUCUGUAACAUCUUCAUGUCCCUGGGACUCGUGCUACUGGAUAAGUUCACGUGGAUGAGUUAUGUGAGCAUGGUAGCCAUCUUCCUCAAUGUCAGUUUCUUUGAAAUUGGGCCAGGCCCAAUCCCCUGGUUCAUAGGGGCGGAGCUUUUCAGUCAAGGACCACGCCCAGCUGCCUUAGCACUUGCUGCCUUCAGCAACUGGGCCUGCAACUUCCUGGUGGCCCUGUGUUUCCCGUACUUGGCGGAAUUCUGUGGGCCUUAUGUGUUUUUCCUCUUCUCUGGAGUGGUCUUGGGUUUUACCCUGUUCACAUUUUUUAAAGUUCCAGAAACCAAAGGAAAAUCUUUUGAGGAAAUUGCUGCAGAAUUCCGAAAGAAGAGCAGAUUGGCCGAACGACCAAAACCCGCGGUUGAGAUGGAAUUCCUUGGUGCUACAGAGACUGCAUAAAGAUAACCUGCUUUUUUAUAUGAACAAAACAGGAAGGAAGCUUUGUGUUUUUAAGUGAUUCCUUGAGAAUUUUAUACCUACAUCUUCAAGUAUUGUUUUAUUUUUUAAGAGCCUUUAUGGGCUCUGAUCAGAAAUUUCAUCAAAUAUUACCACAGAAAGUAUUAUUUUAUGUUAGAGAAUCUAUUUUUGAUGAUAGACUCUAUGACUAAGUAAAUCAAAAAGGCCAGCUCAUUUCACUGCACUAAUGGGCAAGUGUGUUCCAAUGUUCCUAGCCCUGUUUUUUAUAACAAGUGUCUUCUGAAGUUUUGAAAUUGAAGAGAUUUUAAUGUAUCAUAUUUUUGCUUUGUUAAGUAUCUAAGAAAUCUGAAGAUAAGACUAAUAUUUAUAUAUUUUAAUAGUAUUAAAUAGGACUUUUCUUACCCAAAGCUCUCAAAGAAAGGAGGUAUAGCUAACAGCACUAAGAUUCACAUGAAAAUUGAAUUUUCAAUUUCUCUCACUCAACUUUUUUCUUAUUAGAACUUUUAUGUUCUUGAAACUUCUAUUUUUAUGUGGAAUGUUUUAUUGAAAAUGUUAAAUAUGCUUUAAAAGAAAAACUUAUUUUUGGCAGGCUUACCAAAAAUCUUUAAGUACUAAGAAAAAAAAUAUUUUAGUUCCUUUGUUGGAUGAGUAAAUGGUUUUUGCAAGAGUAAAUACUAAAAUAUUUGUACCUGGUCAUACAGCCCGAGUUACCAGUUAAUAUUAACAUCUAUUAUAAAACCAUGUUAAUUCCUUGCUUAUUCAAUCUUUUGAGUUAUAUUUAAUUUUGCUUUUUAGUUGAGCACAGCCAGGUUUUCUGAGCUGUUUAUAAAAUAUCUAAAACAAUAAAGACAUUGUACAUUGUUCCAUGUUAUAUCACUCUAACUUUAGGAAAUCUGAAGUAAAAGAUUUCUCUCUUAAGAAAAUGUUUUCUAAAUUAUUAUUUCUCAAAACCAGUUGAAAAGGUAGGGUUGGAGGAUUCCUAAAAGUGGGCUUAGGUCAGCGCUGUGGCUCAAUAGGUUAAUCCUCCACCUUGAGGUGCUGGCACACCGGGUUCUAGUCCCGGUCGGGACACCGAUCCUGUCCCUGUUGCCCCUCUUCCAGGUCAGCUCUCUGCUAUGGCCCAGGAGUGCAGUGGAGGAUGGCCCAAGUGCUUGGGUCCUGCACCCUCAUGGGAGACCAGGAGAAGCACCUGGCCCCUGGCUUCAGAUCAGCGCGGUGCGCCGGCCGCAGCGCGCCAGCUGCGGCGGCCAUUGGAGGGUGAACCAACAGCAAAAAGGAAGACCUUUCUCUCUGUCUCUCUCUCUCUCUCUCUCUCUCACUGUCCACUCUGCCUGUCAAAAAAAAAAAAAAGUGGGCUCAUGAAACUUCAUGAAUGCUCAUUUUUCAAACUAAAACAAAUUCCCUAUUUAAUUUGCCCAGAAAGACUGCAUUUCCUAAUAUAAAAUAAGUAUCCCCUUUAACACUUUCUUGUAGGUCUUAAUAGUACUCAGAUUCUGUCUGGAAUGCUUUCUUGUUUAACCCCUUUAUAAGUAUGAUUUUUCUCCUAGCUUGUUCAAAGCAUAAAAAUUAGACUUUUUGAUUUGGCCACUUUCCUGGUACAUCUAGCCAUUGCUCUCUCAAGGCAUGAAAAAAAGGGACUUUUUUUUUUUAUUUUUUAAGAUUUAUUUUGGGGCCAGUGCUCUGGUGUAGCAGAUAAAGCCGUCACCUACAGUGCCAGCAUCCCAUAUGGGCGCCAGUUUGAGUCCUGGCUGCUCCACGUCCCAUCCAGCUCUCUGCUAUGGCCUGGGAAAGCAGUAGAAGAUGGCCCAAGUCCUUGGGCCUCUGCACCCAUGUGGAAGACUCAGAAGAAGCCCUUGGCUCCUGGCUUUGGAUCAGCACAGCUCCGGUCAUCUGGGGAAUGAACCAGCGUCUGGAAGACCUCUCUUUCUCCCUCUGCCUCUCUUUUUUAAGAUUUAUUUAUUUAUUUGGAAGGCAGAGUUACAGAGAGAGGAAAGAAAGAUCUUUCAUCUGUUUGGUUUACUUCCUUAAUUGCCGUAACAGCAGGGACUUGGCCAAGCACAAGCCAGGAGCCUGGAACUCUUUCAGGUCUCCAAUGUUGGGGGCAUUCUUCUUCUGCUGCUUUCCUAGAUGCAUUAGCAGGGAGCUGGACCAGAAGUGGAAUAGUUGGGGCUGGAAAGGGCAACCAUAUGGGAUGCUGCUGUCUUAGGCUGUGGUUUAACCUGCUGCAUUACAACAACGACCCCAGAAAUUUUUUUUAAGUAUUAAUUAUUUAUUUGAAAGACAUAGUUACAGAGAGGCAGAGAGAGAGAGAGAGACAAAGAGAGAGAGAGAGAAAGAAGAGAGAGAGAGAGAAAGGUCUUCCAUCUGAUGGUUCACUCCCCAGAUAGCCACAAUGGCCGCAGCUGACUGGAUCUGAAGCCAGGAGCUUGGAGUCUCUUCUGGGUCUCCCACGUGGGUGCAGGGGCCCAAUGAGUUGGGCUAUCUUCUACUGCUUUCCCAGGCCAUAGCAGAGAGCUGGAUGAGAAGUGGAGCAGCCAGGUCUCAAACUGGUGCCCAUAUGGGAUGCUGACAGUGUAGGCGGCAGCUUUACCGGCUACACCACAGUACUGGCCCAGGGAGAUGGUUUUAUCUAACUUCCUCCUCCCUACUUUCUGUGCCAUGCUCUAAACCGUAAUACAUGCUGAUAUACAGUAAGACACUGUUUCUCUCCCACCCCGACUUAGGGAAAUCACAGUAUAAUAGAAAUCCAAGAAGCUCUGAGUUUUAAUAUGUACCUCUGUGUCUUUUGACUUCCAUAAACCUGGAUUUUGGGUCCUUUCUUGUAAAAUGGGCAUAAUAAUGUCACCUACCUCAGAUCUGCUAUCACUAUUAAAAUAUUAAGCAUAGUACCUGGUACAAAGAGGUAUUCAAUAAAUGUUACCUAAAAUUACUAUUCACAGAGACAGUGUUGGCAUAAAGGAUUAUCAUAUGUAAGAUAAUUACAAAUUUUUCUUUAGAAAAAAGUAGCUUUAUAAGUUCAAAAUAAUAUUUUUUUUAAGAUUUAAAAGCAAGAAAGUCAGAGGCCUCCAGCCAGAGUGGCAUGGAGGGGGGUUCCAAGAGAGGCAAAACCCAAAGGGGCUGGUGGUACUGGGGUUUUUAAGCACAAUUUUGGGGAAGAAAAAAAAUUUAUCAGCUAGACAUUCAGUUUACAAGGUGGGGACAAACCAAAAUAAUAUUUUCUUAAUUCAGAAACAAUCCCAUAACAUUAAGGGAAUGGAAAGAACCAGGAGAUAUAAGACAAUCGAAUUCCUAAAUCCAAACUUGCUAUUUCUCAGUUUAUUAGAAUUUUUGUUGUAUUUUUACAACUUUUGCCUAAGUUAUGUUAUUUUAAGGGAUCCCUAUGUAAUAUUAUUUCUUUGGAUAAUACUAAGUACAAAUAAAAUGCUGUAUAUCAGUUUUAAAUAUAAUUUGAUAUAUUUGUCACAGGACAAGAUCAAAGUUGUUAAUAAUUCUCAAAAAUUGCAAAACUGUUACAUAAUGGAAAUCAGUGUGUAUGCAUAAACUGCUUCUUUUUCAUAGCUUACUUGUUGCCUGUUUAGCAAAUAAUGCAGUGGUAAAGCAAUAUCUUGUGCUUACAGCAUUUAAGCAGAAGUGAUGAGUUAUGUAAAAAAACUACCUAUCUCUAUCUUUAUCUAUCUAUCUGUAUGUAUCUAUCUAAAUUUUCCUUACAAUUUUGUAUUAGUGACAUGGGCAGAAAAGGUUUAUAGCUAACCACUCUUAGCCAUCUGCUGGUGGUUUUACUACUUUCUAAUUUGGUGCACAUUAAAAAAACAACUAUCAAGAAAAGAAACUGGUUUUAUUUAAAAUAUAUAUACACUAUAAUUUUAUGUCAAUAAAUGUAUUUAUGAAUGCUUA